CACCAUACGGGCUGGGCAGAAUGCUGGAAGGUUAUUUCUGUUCUGCUAAGCUGGAGGCAGGCAGGACUCGUUCUUCAGCACCAAGGACAGCUCCUGGCCGGUUGGGUUUGUGCUCCUCUGUAGCCAUCUGGAAGGAAGUCCAGCCGCCAUGUCCAGGAGCUACUUGGGCUCUGUGGCCCUCGUCCUUCUCCUGCUUUGGGUGGCUCACGGAGGGUUCGACGUGGCUGCCGACUCGCCCCAGGAGUUCCCUUUCAAGCACUCGUACCAGCCACACGAGAAGGAGCUGUUGGAAGAACUGCAGAAUGUUCUUGAGAAGCUCCAACACAAGACAGUCUCCACGUGGGAAAAGAAGUUCAAUCAAGUCCCAAAGUGUUCCUUCGGCGAACCGUGCGCAGUGAAGAAAGGGGCCCGGAUCGGCAAACUGUGCGACUGCCCCCGGCGAUCGGCCUGCAACACUUUCCUUCUCAAGUGCUUGUGAAAAACUAAGAGGGGCGCCAACCAACUGGAAGUGCGGCUCGAUAACUUCCCCGUCCCCAAGCAGCGACUUCCCUCGUCCGCUUCCCCCGCGCCGUCGCAACGCUUUGGUCCCCAAAGUGGAAAGGCAGCCGAGGGCUUCCCCGGAAUCCCAAACCACAGUCUUGGAAAACGGGGAUUAAUAAAAAAAUAAGGUUGUGAGCA